CAUGGCCGCUGGUCUCUCCAUCGUCUCGCAGAAGUUCGGCGGCUUCAGGGGGGUAGACCUAGCCCGCGUCCUCGCCUCCCGCUCCUUCGAGUAUGCGCCCAAGGUCGUGAAGUACUUCGUGCUUCUACUCUUCUUGGUGAACGUUCGCUCGUGGCCGUUGGCUUGGCAUUUCUACGUCUGGCGACCCGUCUUCCAGCUUCGCGGAAGGUACUAUCUUCAUACGCUGAGGCACUCUCUUUCGCCCGCACGGAUACGUCAGCAGAAGAAGCUGGAAUGGUUGGAGAAUUUGUCGCCGGUGGGCAGGAACCCGUUCGACCUGACGGUAACAUACCACACCUGGGCCGGUCCGGAUGACUGCGACUUCAAUCUACACUUGAGCAACUCUUCGUAUCCAAAGCAUCUUGACGGCGCGCGUUUCAAGCUUGCUUUGCAACUGAGCCCGACGUUCUUCCGUACUGGGGGUUGGAUGGGGCUUGGAGCUACGCACUUUACGUUCCUGCGUGAGAUUCCCAUGUUCUCUCGUUAUGAGAUGCGCGCGAGCAUCCUGAGCUGGGACAGCAAAUGGAUCUUCGUAGCGACUCGCUUCGUGACAAAGCCGAAGAAGGGUAAAGUGAAGGCGAAGAAAGCCGUCGCGCCUCCAUCUUCGUCCGGCAGCCCGUCUGCUGAUGGUGCCCCCAACGCCUCCCUCCACACCGCGACCGGCGUGGUCUCUGGCACAGCAACCCCGCAAGUCGUCAACGGCACCAACGGUAACCCGAACCUCGCCUCGCUCGCAGCGCAGAUCGUUGACCGCCCCGAGCCCGACGGCGCGACGGUCCAUUGCCUCGCCAUUUCCGAGGUCGUCGGCAAAAUCGGGCGCAUCACCGUGCCCCCCGGACUCAUCCUCGCCGUUGACGGCUUCUCGCGCGCGCCCGACGUCCCGGGCGCGCAGGCGUGGUCGCACGCGAACCCGCCGCCGCACUGGGAGACCGUGCGGAAGCUGCGGGGACAUGCAAGCCCUGACGGUAGUGCGAAGAAGGGUUCGUUGACGGUCUUGCGCGACUUCUACACCGGUCGGUGGCGCGAGGUGCCUGAGGGCGAGCGGUGGUGGGAGGAUGCGCUUGGCGGGGAGGUCGAGGAGCGCAGGUUGCGCGGCCUGGGGUGUAUGCAGGCUUUGAGGAAGGGCGUUGAGGAGGCGAGGACCAUAUGAGGCUCUGCUCUUCGAGUCCUUCGCCCCGCCCGCCAUAGUAGCUUGGCUACAAGUGUCUGAGGCGAGGUCUAACGUCACGGAUAUUCAUAGAUCAUCAUAGAGGUAUCACAUCAUAUAGAGGUAUCGAAUUAACUAGCAUUGUCCUAAUGUACUCGAGCUUUGCGUCCGUGUAUGGAGCUAAGUUAUAUG